UGGAUACUUUUGCAGUGGUGAGAAGGCUACAGCUGAAUGCAUUGCAGAUGUCAUUGCUGACAACCGGGCUGAGCUGGUGCACCUUCCCUCCUCCAUGGAUCUUAACAUGCCUUUGCCAUCUAAAGACUGUCCGACUUGUGAUGGAACAGGUGUAAUGAGCUGCCCUGAAUGCAAAAAUAAAUUACAAGUCAGGAUCUCUGCUGAUGAUAUAAUGGAGCCCCCAUGGCAAGCCUACAAUGUCCUGAGAAAGAUGGAGUAUCCCUAUGAGCAUAUAGUUGAUAGCAUGAGAGACCCCAGCAUUGCUGCAUUUUGGUUGUUUUCCUUUCCUGAGAUUAUGGGUGGCUUCAACUAUGAUGGUGAUGUCAAACAGAAAAUUUGGUGGCAAUACAAGGAAUCAAUGAGGUAUGAUCAACUACGAGAUAUGGCAGCCAAGCGAAAUCCUGGUUGGGAUCACUUGCAGGAAGCCCUGAUCUCCAUAGAUCCUGUUCGUGCCAGGGAUGAUCCUGUUGUUGUGAAAAAUGUCCCAUACUACAAAGCCAAGAAGACACUGGAGGCAGAGGUCAUGAAACUUGAGCCACCACCUCGGCCACAAAACUGGGGUGAGCUUGGCCUUCCACUAAAUGCAUCAUCAUGGAGCGAGGAGGAUCUUAAAAAACCAGAAAAGUUCUAUGAGAUGACUGUUCUUCUUAAUGCACAGAGAGAAAUUGCUGAUAAAAUUUUGGAUUCACAAUGGGAAACUAAAUGGCGUCAAGAAAAGUUGAAUGAAAUGUUGGAGGAGAAGGUGCGGCCAUGCAUUCAAAACAUCAGCAAUGGUGCCCUUCCCCGUCCUAUCCUAAUACAAUCACAGAAGCAGGAUAAAAGGAGGAGGCAGCGAAGAUGGUGGUUUUUCUGAUGUUGUUUUAACCAUCAUUCCAAUAUAGGCAGUGCGGCACAUUGUAUAAUUUGUGUUUCGCAUUUUUCUCUUCCACAGUUGUACUUUUUUCAUCUUCUUCAUAAACCUGAGUCUACUCUGCGAUUUUUUGUAGUCUUAUUUUAACCCGUACCUUUAUCCUCUACCUCUCAUCUGAUAUUUUGUAGCUACAAUUUGUCUAUGUUUUUGUUCCAUUAGCCUUGAUUAAU